AUGGUUUCGUCUCGAUUUACUCUUCCCAUCGCUGUCGCAAGCUUCGGCUUGACGUGUGCCUUACCAACUGGUGCGGAGCUCAGCGAUCUGACCGCCGAAUUGGAGGCGUGGCGAGCGAGUCGUGCUGGCCAAGUGGCCAAAGCGCACGGUUUCCUUCCUCGCCUCGAGUCCACUACAGCGGAGCUGACGCGAUUUUACGAAACCAAGCAAGAUGUUGAGCGUCUCAACCUCCUUCACCCUGACGCCAAGUUCUCCAUGGACUCUCCAUUUUCGCUCCUUUCGACGACCGAGUUCAAGACGAUCAUGACACGGUCGGUUGCCAACCAAACUGCGGCAACCUUGGUCGCUGGGCGAUCUGCCGAUGUUGGCAGCUCAGCGGUGCCGCCCUCUCGCGACUGGAUGACGUCUGGCUGUGUCAACAGCGUCCAGCAACAAGGGCAGUGCGGCUCCUGCUGGGCGUUUGCCACGAUCUCGGCCGUUGAGACGGCCAUGUGCUUGGCGUCCCCUACCAAGUCGCUUGUCAAGCUAUCCGAGCAGCAGCUGACUUCGUGCGAUACGGCUACCGGGAACAUGGGGUGCCAAGGCGGCUACCCCACCAAAGCCAUCGAUUAUGUAGCAUCAGCGGGUGUGUGCUUACUCGAAGACUACCCUUAUGUGUCUGGAUCUACUUCGCAAAACGAAAGCUGCUCCACGUCUUGCGCCAUGACGGCUACAGGGGUGAAGAAGGCGGUGUCGGUGGCGGCCGGUGACAUUUCCCUCGUUUCGACUCUGCAACAACGCACAGUCGUAGCAGGUGUUGCUGCAGGCAACAACGAGUGGAAGCAAUACAAAAGCGGCGUCUUGAACUCGUGCUCGACGUCGGCACUCGACCACGCCGUCGUCGUCGUCGGCUACACGGAUUCCCACUGGAAGAUCAAGAACUCGUGGGGCGAAGAGUGGGGGGACCAAGGCUUUAUCUACCUUCGCCGAACGCGCACCAACACUGAUGGGACAUGUGGCGUCACCUCUGAGGCCAGCUACCCGUCGCUAGUGUGA